AGGCUAGAACAUAAUGUACACCAUAGCAUGACGAGAUUAGCAUUGGAAGUUUCUAUCAAUAUAGAUAUUGUAAUGUUUUGACCAUUCAGAAAGAUUAUUUAGACCCAGAUAAUGUCUCAAAAGAAAAAUCAGCAAGAUGCUGCUAAAAGUGAUAAAGACAAAUGGAACAAAGAAGAAGACCCAUUGCAGGCUGUUGUGAUCGCUGACAGUUUCAACUCAAAAUUUUCCCCAAUCACAGUUGAAUGUCCAAGGGCAUUACUACCCCUUGUCAAUUGCAAACUUCUGGAUUACACUAUAGAAUAUUUGGUCGAAGAAGGUGUCCAAGAGAUCAUUUUGUUUUGUUGCUCCAAUGCAAACAAGAUAAAAGAAUAUGCAAGUUCUGCAAAAUGGUCACAGAACAAGGAGUGCUCAAUCCAAGUUGUUGUAUCUUCAUCAACAAAUUGUAUGUCCUUUGGUGAUGCAUUGAGAGAAAUUGAUCGCGAGGGCCUCAUUCGAUCAGAUUUUUUAUUGGUCCCAGGAGAUCUGAUAUCAAAUGUAAAGCUCACAGAACAUAUUGAAGAACACAAAAAAAGGAGGAAAAAAGAAAGAAACUCAGUCAUGACAAUGCUAUACAGAGUAGUAAAGCCUGACCAUUUUUCCAGAUGUUUAGAAGAAGAUACCUUCAUUGCCAUGGACUCAGAAACAAAACGGAUUCUACAUUGUCAAAAGUCAUAUAACACUCAAAAGUUCUCAUUUCCAGUGGGUCUUCUAGCUGAAAGAGAUCAUGUUCAUAUCAGAUAUGAUUUAACGGAUUGUAAUAUAGCAAUUUGUUCUCCCACAGUACCCCCGUUAUUUACUGAUAAUUUCGAUUAUCAGUCGAAGGAAGACUUUGUCAGAGGGAUACUCAUAAACGAAGAGAUAAUGGGGAACCAGAUCCAUUGUCACAUAAUCAAAGACGAAUAUGCUGCUAGAGUCUCUAAUCUUCAUAUGUACAAUGCUAUUAGCUUAGAUCUUAUAAAUCGAUGGGUUUACCCAGUGGUGCCAGAUGGAGGAUCCUAUCGCUUCACAAGACAUAAUGUUUAUCUCGAUAAAGGAGUUCGACUUGCAAGAAACUCACUUCUGGAACAAGAUGUCGUCGUAGGUGAAAACUCUUCAAUAGAAACUGGAACUCGGAUUUCGAAGACAGUCAUCGGCAAAAACUGCAAAAUUGGUGAAAAUGUGCAAAUAACUAAUUCUUUUAUUUGGGAUGAUGUGGUGAUUGAAAAUGAUUGUCUCAUCGCUUACUCCAUUGUCUGCAACGAUUGUGUCAUAAAAAGGAAUGUGCAAAUGGCUGACGCUAUUACGUCAUUCAAGGUUGUAGUUGGUCCUGAUGUCGUUGUCAAGCCCGGUUCCAAAUUUUCAACUUUAAAGCUAGAAAGUUUGGAAAAUACAAUGGGAACGUUGUCAGUAGAGGAGAAUAACAAAAUUGCUUCAGAGAUAGACCCUGAUCUGAUUGGUUCUGAAGGAAAUGGCUAUUUGUGGCCGGAAUGUGAUUCUGAUGACGAAGAUGAAGAAACCCUACCAACAGUUACAUUGCGAGGCGAGUUUUAUGCAAGUGAAGAUGAGAGCAGCGAUGAUGAAUCGAUUCCAUCACCUACCGGGUCGCCCCCUCCAGAUGCAGGCGUUUUGUUUUACCACGAAGUGCUAGAAAAUAUUCGUCAUGGAAUCGCCCAUAAUGUUUCAAGUGACAACAUAAUCUUGGAAGUAAAUGCAUCAAAGUAUAAGCAUAAUGUUUCGAUGCGAGAGAUCCACCAAGCUGUGACAAAAUCAAUCCUGGAGUCAGUCUUAGAAGACAGAGAACGAACAAAACAGUCAAUGGUACAGGAAUUAGAAAAGGUUAUCUCGAUGUUUAUGCCACUGAUAAUGAAUUAUGUCAAAGGGGUGGAGGCACAAAUGGAGGUCAUUACGACAUCUGAGGAAUUCUUUGCUGAGAAUUUCUCUCUUUGUGGACUCUUUCCCACGUUUCUUCACAAGCUGUACAACAAAGACGUUUUAGAUGAAGUUGUUAUUCUCAAAUGGUACAGCACGCCUGUCAGCGCAGAGGAUCCAAUUCUUACAAACGAUUUGAAGAAAGUUCGUCAACAAGAGCAAAUGGGAAGAUUUAUAACGUGGUUAAAAGAAGCCGAGGAAGAAUCUGAAGAAGAUUCAGAAGAGGAAUCCGAUUAGAUUCGAUGAAAUCUUUUUGCAACUUGCUGAAAAGUUCCUACGACAGAUCCGGAUCCAAACUUGCCUAUGCCUUGGCCUAUUGCUUCCCCUGAAGGAAGUAGCAGAUCAUCUGCGUUCAUAUCUAACAUGCCAUUGCCUCCACGAUUAAGUUUAGAAAGGAAUUUGGCAGAGAAUUGGAAGCAAUGGAAGCAAAUUUAUGAUGCGUACGAAACUGUUACGAAUUUGAAGUCUAAACCAGACAAUUUUCGAGUGGCUGCUUUUAUCACUUGCAUAGGACCGGAAGCUCUUCGUAUUCACUUCCGUACCAGGAGGAGGAUAUACGUCAAAACAUUUAGAGAAUUUUUGCAUUGUGGAAAACUUACUGUAUUGGAGAAAAAAAUGUAAUUAACGAACACUAUAAAUUCAUGAAUCGUUUUCAGAAAACUUGCAGAAUCAAUCGAAAUUUAUGACGCCUCUGCGUGUCAUAACACACCACUUUAUUCAAUCAUCAGCAAGCCACUUGCCACUGCUCCAAAGAUACUGCAAAGAUUACUACUGAGAUUGCGAUGCAAUCAAACAGAGUAAAAAACCUGCUAUUAACCUGGCAAAGAAAUUGUUUUAGCACACUCUCGUGCAAACCUAUCGACAAGUUAGAGACAAGUCUGAAAUAUGACAAAAUUAAAGAUAGAGAUAAGAAAGAAAAAUAAAAUUGCGCCCUACUACACCACAUUAUAUUAUAAGUCAAAAUCAAAACCUUCGAUUGAAGCAGCAGCUGAAACUAAAUAACAGUAGCAUUUAACUGUUGCAGAUUUAAUUAGAAUUAGAAUUUGCGCCAGCCUAAUUUCAGAAGACACCCCAUUUCAGGUUUUUAAUCAUAAUGACAGAUUGGAACAUCGAUUUCUAUUUAGUUCGAGUUUUUUCUUCAGUUCAGUUCGUUCAAUUUUUAAAAUUCCAUCUAAAACACUAACUCCACAUAACCACAUAUCCAAUAAACAAUGAUAAAUUGAAAUUAAAUUUAGAAUAGAACGUUCUAUACGAGGUAGUUUGAAUUUCUUAAAAGAGGAGAUGGGGCUCCCUCAAUAGUCAAGCUAAUCGAGGAGUAAACGCCCCCUUGUUCGGGUCAGUGGAUUUACACGUUUUUAUUAUUUACAAGAAACUUGGAUCAGCACUAAGUACUAAAAGUUUCGUGAUUUGGCAUCCAAAUUUUGGUGUUCUAGUAUUUGAAGGUUUUUUUGUUGAUUGCUUAUCGGGACUGUGAAGUUUCUGGUCUAUGACGCAGCUAGCCUUCGUCACAGACAAAACUUCCGUGAAGUUUCUGGUCUAUGACGCAGGCUAGCUGUCAGCUGGAUCUUUGUUACGUGCAGCGCGGUAUGCUUGUUCCGCAAACAAAACAACAGAGUCGUCCUUCCAGUCUUUUCAUUACAGUUCAAUGGGAUAUUAUCAUUGGAAUGAAUAAGCCAACUGUGCGCGCAAGCACAGGUUAAUUAUAUUGUUAUAGCAUGCUGAGUAUUCUCAUGAAACGAAAGGAUACGCGAUUCGCGAACGUGAAAAGACUUACACGAAGUUAACUGAAACUGAAUGAUUUAAGGCGAAUUUUAAAUUGCUCUAAUGGGUUGUUUUGGCUCGAAUUUGGCGAAAGCUGUUCAGAAGCGGUUCGAUGAAAAAGACAUCGUUUUAACCACCACAGACGGGCUUAGCUGCGUUUUGCAUGACCCUUUACAUUUUAUUGAAGGCGAUAUUGCUGUUUUGUCAGAGGAUGUGAUAUGGCUUAAACCCCAGUCCACUAAAGCCUUUGAAAUGCCCCUGAAAGAUGUUAGCAGUUUGAGAGUAUAUAUGCGUCGACAUUCAGAGCAAGUGGAUGUUCUUUAUUACAUUGUUGAAUUACAUUAUUGUCACAAAAAACCUGAUGCCAGGAUGGAGCUUAUCUUUAAGGACGAAAAUGCGGCUAAGUUGUGGGUAAAAGAGAUUCAGAAACGGAUACAAGGGAAGGGAAGUGAGUUUGACAGUGUGUCUACGCAAUGGGAAAAUUUACAAGUAAUGGAAAGGGAGACACAGUCUCCAGAUUAAAGGUGCAGUGACAGUAAUGAUUGAAAUGGUCAUUCACGCGCAAAAAGGUUUCUGUGAAGCUUCAAAACUGCUAGACCUUAAGUGUGACGUCAUCAAAAAAUUCUGUUAUAGACAAUAGCAAUUCUAAAGAACACAGCAACUACAUUGUAGCCUAGUAGCUGAUCUGAAAUCAGGGAUCGGGGAAAGGAAGGGAAGGGCUGAAUAGGUAUGCUAAAACAAGCUUAAUGACGCUAAACUAAAUAAAAACAUACGUAAAUGAUACCUGUGAUACAAGGAAAACGAAAUAAACAACGAUGACUAAACUAGGCAUUACGGUCUAACAAUCCUGGGAAAAUCCCGCAUCUAUAAACAAAACAAAGAAAGGGGAUGUGACGCAGACUUGCUUACGUGCGUGCCAGGGGUAGCCUACGAUAAUGAUAUGCAAAACAGAAGAUCCUAAAAUGAAUGGGUCUACGGGGAAAAUGUAAGCAAGCUGUGGAGACGGGCCUAAGGGGGUAAAAGGAACGCACAAAGGAGGGUUCGUGACAACAAUCACCAAUCUACCAUUUUUACCAUCAUUAUCGCGUUCUUAUUUCCUUGCUUGUUUCAGUCUGCCAAACCCCUCCUAUGUGUACUCUUUAUUUGUAAAUAAGAACCUUUCCACCUUGGCUGGCGAAAAAGUGUCCCAUUUCAUGAAAAAUAUAUGUCAGAGAACCUUUCUUCAGGAUUGAGUCUUAUUUUCUAAAACGAAUGAAAAAUGAUCAAGACCAAAUGACAGUUCGAUAAUUAAAAAAUCAAGAGCAGACAGACAUAACCUUGAUGCAAAAUAAUUCUCAGUCUGCGCAAUCAUAAGAAAAUGUUUGUGUAGGAAAAUUUCAGUUUCCCACAAGAUGCUACUUUCAAAAUUAAGUCUCUUAAUCUUAAUUGCACUCAAAUUAUUGGCAGGAUUAGCCUACAACAGGGUUCAAAUCUUCUGGCUACAUAUAUUUAUAUUACUUAUGCUUCUAACCUUUUGUAUAGGCAGGCACCGCUCAGUGUUGAGAAAAAGUGAGGGGUCUCAAGAAGGGCUAGAACCGCCAGAAAAAUAGUUUAACUGGUAAUUCCUUUUCUCAAUAUUUUGCUUUCUUGCCAAAAGUGGGUGCUUAAGCCCCCCACUCGGCCCCCUGCUCCUCAGUGUCUGAAAGGGCUGUGGCGUUCACAAAGGUGUGUUUAAGUAUCCUUUCUUUCCAACCAUUGCCCCUCCCCCCCACCCAAUCAUUAACUUCCUAUAUCGUUGAUUAUGACGCACUUGUAUGAUUAGUAUCUUUACGUAAUGUUGACUGCCAUUUCUCACGCUCCAUGAUGAACACGGAACACGUACCUGGUUUUGACUCCAUUAAGAAGCACACAAUUGCUCGUGGGGUCCGAUCUUUUUGGUUGUCUAUAAAGAUUGAAUCACAACAAACCAUUGCAGAAGUUAUUUGAUCCUAGUGGCAUGCGACGGGAUUAUCUAGAUUUUGUUUGAAGAAUUUUACUAUUGCUAUUAAAUUUUGCUUGUGCAAAAGGAUGGGUUGCACCGGGAGCAAGCCAGACGAAGGUGUCACCAAAUCAAAGACGUCUUCCGUCAAUCAGAGUUCAAGGCCUUCUAAAUCAAAAACUUCAAUGUUGAUGUUUUCGAGUGGCUACCAUUGCAACGAUCAUUCGUCUUUUGGAGCGGGCGCGUCGUCUUUUGGCGGGUCGUCUUGUUACUCGCAAUCAGAUUGCGGAGGAGGAUUCGAGUAGAAAUUUAGUAAGAUCCAUGAAGCAAGUGGCGAAAUUUCCGAGCAAGACUUGAGUUUACGGAGUAUGUAUUCAUGUGAUGCUGUCAAUGAAGAUUUUCUUGCUUUGUUUCUAUUCGUCCCAUGUCAAAAGUGCUAACCCUCCGCCGAUCUCGAGAGAAUACUAAUUGAUUGGUUGAUUGACUAUAUCAUGGGGCAGAGAAGCAACCGGUAUUCUAUGGUGGAGAGUUUGCUGAUAAAGAGUGUGUGUAUGGGGGAUGCAACCUGCUUCCCAAAGCUACGGACAAUGAUUCAUUUAUGUAUUUUAACUGUAUCAAAUUGUGUAGAAAAUAUUUGCCUGCUCCAAAAUGAUUAAUACAGCGCGUGGCCCAUUGCGAAAAAAUUUUGAAGACCAUUAUUUUAUGAAUUUUUUAACUAUUUUGCUUUAAUGGAAAACUCUUGGAAUUGUAUUUUUAUUGCUGGAAAACGCAUUUUCUUCAUGUUAGAAACUUUUACGAAAGUCUUUGUUGUUCGCAUCUUGCCUUUUUUAUCCUCAUAAAAAUGUAGAAGGGACAUUCUAAUUAUUUCAUUUUUCCAUAACAUAGGUGAUUAAAGUGUUCAAAGAUAUCAAAAAUUUAAAUAUUGGUGAUUAAUGGAGGCCUCGUUCUCAUGUUGAUGUAACUGACAGGAAACGAAAACAGAGGCAAUUUUCGAACAAAUUUUUUGACUUGGCUAAAGAUUCCAUCAAAAACAUUUAAACCUAUUUAGAACUGGUUCUUUCGGCUCCUGAAAGUGAUGAAACACGUCUUUAGGAAAAAAUGGUUUUUCUUUUUGAAUCAGAAUCUUUUGAAAAGAGUUCCGUAGUGAUGACGUCAAAAAUAUAUUUCUGGAAUUGUUCAAUUUUGACCAUACAAGCUCAAAAGCAUUUUGCUAUCUAUUCGUACAUUGCUACCAUUGAUGAAGAGGUUGCUUUAAACUUCCCUCAAAUCCAUCUAGCAUGUUUGAAAAAUCUGCCAAACCAGCCUGAUAGUUUAUCGUUUGAAAUCCUUAAAGAAAUACCGUAGUUUAAUUUGAAUCAUGACUUGAUUUAGGGUCAUGUAUUGUUUUGUUUGUGUAUCUAUCUUGGCCCGUUCAAACGUGUGUUUCAUUUGCACAGAAACUUAUUUGAGGGACUUUUGAAUCUGUGAUUAAUCUUAAAAUAAUCACACACAAAAUUGAGAAUUAAUCACUCUACUCACUAGAAAAUCAUAUUGAUUAUUUAUCUCGUACACCAUUUUGAGGAGUGAUUUGCCCCUCGGAAAAUCGGCUGAGAUAUGACAAAUGAAAGAUUUUUAAGUUCCCUAACGGGUCACCGUUAUUUUGCCCUACGUGCAGUGCAGCCCCGCAAACUGGCGUUGUUUCAUGUCUUGUCAUCCUGUUUUCAUUCCGCUUUCAGAACAAUAUUUUUUAUUCCGCGAUUCCAACGCGUUUUAUCAGGGGCACGCUGGAGCGGGGUUGGGGGGUUUGCUGGGGUGGCUGUUCCAGCGUCUCCGUCUAUUUCUGUUUGUCCAGAGUAUAUGCGGUUCGCACUAGCGGAAAGAAAGCAUAACUUAAAAACGGAUUAUUAGCGGAAACUCAAGUAAUUUUGUGCUGUUUCUGUUGCUUAUAAUUUUUUGAAAUUCAGAUUGUAUAAUAUUAAUGUAUAUCACAAGCGUAUGUAGUAGGGCACUGGACUCGAUAACAUUUCAGGUUUAUCUCAGUGUCCUAGGCAACACUCACGGACAUUCUCUUUAUAAUUCUUUAAUUCUUCUUUAUGUUUAAGAUUAUAAAUGAAUAUAUUUUUACUAAACACUCUGUAAGAAUGUUGCUUAAUGAAAUGAAAUUUGAAUUUGAAUUUGAUGCUUUUAAGUUUUAUAUUGUUUAUACAAUUGUACUAUGACUUUCA